AUGAUGGAUCACCUGAGCCUGGUACCCUACGACGGUGAGGCCGGCGGCAAGUACAAGGAGUGCAUGCGCAACCACGCGGCGACCAUGGGCGGGCAGGCCUUCGACGGCUGCGGCGAGUACAUGGCCUCCUCGCCGGACUCGCUCAAGUGCGCGGCCUGCGGGUGCCACCGCAGCUUCCACCGCCGCGCCACGGGGACCGCCGCCGCUUUGGCGGGCUCGUCGUGCGCGCCGCCCGUCUUCUUCCGCACGCCGCACCACCUGACGCCGCCGCUCGCGCUGCCCGCGCCGCCAGCGCCGCAGCAGCAGCACUUCCACCACCACCAGGCCGCGGCCGCCGCGCUGCAGGCUUUGUUCCCGUCGGUGCCGGUGCCCGUUCCGGCGCCGCCGCACCUCGCGCUGCCAUUCCACGCCGUGCCCAACGCCGCCAUCGCCGCACCGCCCCCACCGUGGCUCGCCACGCGCGCCGGCUCCGAGACGCCGCCGCGCACGGACGACUUCGGCGUCGGCUUCGUGCCCGGGAGCGUCGGGGGUAGCGGGGGCAGCGGCAGCGGCAGCUUCGGGCGGAAGCGGUUCCGGACCAAGUUCACGCCGGAGCAGAAGGAGCGGAUGCGCGAGUUCGCGGAGAAGCAGGGCUGGCGCAUCCAGCGGAACGACGACGGCGCCCUCGACCGCUUCUGCGACGAGAUCGGGGUGAAGCGCCAGGUGCUCAAGGUGUGGAUGCACAACCACAAGAACCAGCUCGCCUCCACCUCCCCCACCUCCGCCGUUGCCGCAGCCGCAGCUGCAGCCGCGGGCAUCGGCAUCGGCGUCAACCCCGCCGCUGGCACCGGCGUCGGCGUCACCGGCGAUGGAGACGACGAGGACACCGACGACUCCCCGCCCCGCGCAGCCGUCUCCUCCCCGUCCCCGUCCCCGAUCAGCGUCUAG